UGGGAGGCAACCAUCACUUCACGCCCGUAUUCAAAUGCUUCCCCGCCAUCGUUGGAGCGAAAUGCAGCAUGCGGAAUGCGGUGAGAAUACGUUGCGGUCGCUCGUCAGCGCUCGCUGCAACGCCGGCGGUUCGUCCGCAACGCCUUCAGCAAUGGAGCGCACCUCGCCGUUCACUAGCUACUACUGCGCCGUCAAGCUCCACCAACGAUGAAGUUGGCCCUAGAAAGCGGAGUCUCGCUGUACCUUCAGAAGCUCGCUUCAACGAGAUCGGAGUUCAGCAACUCAGCACCCACGUCCACGAGCAAGUCUUUCCUGGCGCAAGCACGUCACCUCCUCCAGAGCUCGUAGAACUAUCGAAAGAUCAUCUCUCUCGCCAUGACCUCCUCGGAAAGAACCAGGAUUCUACUCCUCCCGUGGGUUUCGAUCUCCCCACGCUACAGGGGGCGACAAUGGACGAACAUUUCUAUAAGUUGGGCAUGGAUGCUGCAGAACCAUAUCUCUCGAUGGCGAAGAAGCUGGCUUGGGCGAAUCCACCUCCUAAGCCUCGGAAAUGGGUUGCGCGCAGCGGUUGGACCAAAUACAACAGCGACGGCACCACCGAGGCCAUAGACGCACCCCAAGAGUCGAUGUUAACGUUCGACACCGAGGUCAUGUGGAAGGAGAGUUCGUUCGCAUGUAUGGCUUGUGCUGUCAGUCCGACGGCGUGGUAUGCAUGGAUAUCUCCUUGGUUGCUGAAAGAGUCAAAGACGGACCGGCACCUCAUACCCCUUGGUGACCCAUCGCAGCCGCGCAUUAUAGUGGGACAUAACGUCGGUUAUGACAGGGCGCGUGUAGCGGAGGAAUACAACAUCGAGCAGACGAAAAACUCGUUCAUCGAUACCAUGUCACUACACGUGGCUUCAAACGGCAUGUGCUCGCGACAGCGACCGUCGUGGAUGAAACACAGAAAGAGUCGAGAAUUGAGAGAGAAAAUAGCAACCUCGGAAGAGAAUGCCGAGCUUUCGCAUCUGUUGGAUUCAGGGGCCAUCCCGGAUGAAGAGGAGGAGUUGUGGAUCGGCAGGAGUGCCAUCAACUCGCUGCGGGAUGUUGCCAAGUUCCACUGCAACAUCACUAUCGACAAGGCUCGACGCGAAUACUUCGGCGAACUAGACAGAGACGGUGUCGUAGGAAAACUAGAAGAGCUUCUGGAUUACUGUGCUGCCGACGUUGAGAUCACGCAUCGCGUGUACCAGAAAGUGCUUCCGCUUUUCUUGGAGACAUGUCCCCAUCCGGUCAGUUUCGCCGCGCUACGUUUUCUGGCUGCGGAAAUCCUUCCGGUCAAUGAGACUUGGAAUGCGUACAUUGCGAAUGCUGAGGCGACGUACCGCAAACUUGAAGGUGAUGUUCGUGCACGCCUGGUAAGCCUCGCAGAGCAAGCCUUGGAAGUGAAGGAUAAGCCGGAGAUUUAUCUAAACGAUCCCUGGCUGAACCAGCUGGACUGGUCCGGUCAAGAGAUCAAGAUGGUUAAGGGAAAGAAGAAAAACGACCCGCCCCGACCUGCGGCUAGGCAAAAGAAACCCGGCAUGCCUAAAUGGUACAAAGAUUUGUUCUCGAAAAACGACGCGCCCAUGAAUUUAACUGUACGAACCAGAUUAGCGCCUAUACUGCUGAAACUAUCGUGGGACGGAUAUCCUCUAGUGUGGUCGGACAAACAUGGCUGGACCUAUCAGGUGCCUAUGGAUGAAGUUUUCCUAUUUAACGAGAAAGGAAUACAAGAAUUGGACAUGUCCGAGGAGGAAAACCUGCAGCUUCGCAAUGAUGAACGAAAUCGAUAUUACAAGAUCCCACACAAGGACGGCCCACUGGCACGGUGCACGAAUCCACUAGCGAAAGGUUAUCUGUCCUAUAUGGAAAAGGGCAAGCUGACGUCUGAAUACCCAUAUGCGAAGGAGGCUCUGGAGAUGAACGCCUCCUGUUCGUAUUGGAUCAGCGCAAGGGACAGGAUCAUGUCUCAAAUUGUCGUCUAUGAUAAAGAGGUCUCUAAGGAGAGCAACCUCGUGUCUGCUUCUGGAAAGGGAAGAGGGAAAAAGGUCGGCUUCAUCUUGCCUCAGAUCAUUCCUAUGGGAACCAUCACCCGCAGAGCUGUGGAAAACACAUGGCUCACAGCUAGUAAUGCGAAAGCGAAUCGCGUCGGUUCAGAGCUCAAGUCCAUGGUGCGAGCACCGGCCGGAUACUGCUUUGUGGGGGCGGAUGUGGACUCUCAAGAGCUUUGGAUUGCCAGUCUUGUAGGGGAUGCUACCUUCAAGCUCCAUGGGGGUAAUGCUAUCGGCUUCAUGACGCUGGAAGGUACGAAGGCCGCUGGGACCGAUUUGCAUUCGCGCACAGCGAGCAUCCUCGGUAUAUCGAGAAAUGACGCCAAAGUAUUCAACUACGGCCGCAUAUAUGGGGCAGGGCUGAAAUUCGCGGCGACGCUUCUCCGCCAGUUCAACCCAUCGCUUACCGAUUCACAAACGUCAAAGACGGCGCAAGAUUUGUACACCGAAACGAAAGGCAAGAAAACGACCAGGAAGCAACUACACGAACGGCCAUUCUGGAGAGGGGGAACAGAGUCAUUUGUCUUCAACAAGCUGGAAGAUUUCGCCGAGCAAGAACGACCUCGCACGCCCGUCUUGGGCGCUGGCAUAACCGAGGCUCUGAUGCGUCGCUAUCUUAGCAAAGGCGGUUUCAUGACAUCCAGAAUCAAUUGGGCCAUUCAGUCCUCUGGUGUUGAUUACCUGCACCUCCUCAUUGUGAGUAUGGACCAUCUCACCCGUCGCUUCAAUAUCAAUGCUCGUCUGGCCCUCACUGUGCACGACGAGAUUCGGUAUCUUGUCAAGGACGAAGACAAGUACCGCGCAGCUAUGGCGUUGCAAGUCGCCAACGUGUGGACUCGCGCCAUGUUCUCCCAACAGAUGGGAAUCAACGAACUGCCCCAAUCAUGCGCAUAUUUCUCGGCAGUUGACAUCGACCAUGUCUUGCGGAAAGAAGUCGAUAUGGACUGUGUGACUCCCAGUCAUAAAGAGAAGAUUCCCCACGGUGAGAGUUUGGAUAUCCUCUCACUCCUAGAGAAAGGCGAAGCUGCUCGCCUUGACCCUUCAAUCGAGCCUGUCGACCCUCCUCAAGUGGAGCAGUACGCAGCAUCGUAUACCCCUCGCAUUCCCGUCAUGGCCGCCCUCAACGACUCGCCCACCAGCACGGCCGCACUCGCAUACGUCAAAGCGCAGAUUACAUCCGACGACAAGGAGCUCAGGGAAAUCAUGAAGACGGUUCGUGAAACCCAGCCCAGAGCUCCAACCACACGCGGAUAUAAAAAGAACAAUAACAUGUCCGCGAAGGAAGAGGACGACGAGAUCGAGCGCUCCAUUCAGCAUUACGAGCAGAUGCCCAAGCUGCUGCCUGUUGACAAUAUCUGGCCCGAUGAGUUUAGGAGAGGGUGGGAGAGGUCGGGGACGGGAGUUAGGCAUGUGACGUUGCAACACGUGCAUAGGACGCCUGCGACUCAGAGGGUUGGGUUGAGGGCGUGGUGAGAGCGUUGGUCCUGCGCUUCUGCCUGGGCGGGCAACGGGUUUCUUCGUUGUAUAUUCUUGUAAGAUUAUGCGUGUGGUUGAUUCUGUAUGCUACGGCGAGCCCUGAACUUCUCUUUUUUCUUGAGUCAGUCUCUUAUGGAUAUGAGCGCAUGGCGGGGGGUUUAUCUGUUGUCGCAUAGCGGGCUUGGGUCCUUGAUUCUACGGAAGUUUACUGUUGGGAUGUAGUUGGGCAGUACUACUAUUUGAUACUAAUGAUAUGUCUG